AUGUCAGCGAUCGCCGGCCACCGGCGAGAACGAGAUUUACACACCCAUCCGGUCACGCUCACGCCCGCGUCGGUGUUCGUCGGCGGCGGCGGCUUCGGACCAUCGUCGUUGUCGUCGCGCGGAUCGUCGUCGAGGGGCCGGCGUCGCCUCGUCGCCAGGGCCAUGUUCGAGAGCUUCACCGAGAAGGCCAUCAGGGUGAUCAUGCUGGCGCAGGAGGAGUCGCGGCGCCUCGGGCAUCACACGGUCGGCAGCGAGCAGAUCCUCCUGGGCCUCGUCGGCGAGGGCACCGGCAUCGCCGCCAAGGUGCUCAGGUCCGCGGGGCUGAACCUCAAGGACGCCCGCGCCGAGGUGGAGAAGGUCCUCGGGAGGGGCCCUGGCCUCAUCCCCAUCGAGAUCCCCUUCACCGCGUCCGCCAAGAAGGUGAUCGAGUCCUCAACUGAGGAAUCGCGCCAGCUAGGGCAUAACUACAUUGGAACGGAACACUUGCUUCUUGGGUUGAUCCGUGAGGAAGAUGGUGCGGCAGCCAUUGUACUUAAGAACUUUCAGGCUGAUCUCGGCGACAUUCGCAAUGAGGUUAUCAAAAUGAUCACUGACAUGUCUGAAGAUCAAACUGUCGGUGCCGGCGUUGGGGGAGGAAGCAGUGGGGCCAAGAUGCCUACACUCGAGGAGUAUGGGACUAAUCUAACAAAAUUAGCACAGGAGGGGAAGCUCGAUCCCGUCGUCGGAAGGAACAAGCAGAUCGAGCGCGUGCUGCAGAUUUUGGGGAGACGAACAAAGAACAAUCCCUGCCUAAUUGGAGAACCCGGUGUUGGAAAGACGGCUAUCGCGGAAGGCCUUGCGCAGCGCAUUGCCACCGGGGAUGUGCCUGAAACAGUUGAAGGGAAAACGGUUAUCACCCUUGACAUGGGACUUCUUGUUGCCGGGACCAAAUACCGUGGAGAGUUCGAAGAAAGGUUGAAGAAACUGAUGGAAGAGAUCAAGCAGAAUGGAGACAUAAUACUUUUCCUUGAUGAAGUCCACACUCUGGUGGGAGCAGGAGCAGCAGAAGGUGCUAUUGACGCUGCUAACAUUCUGAAGCCAGCACUGGCGAGAGGCGAACUUCAGUGUCUUGGGGCCACUACAAUCGACGAAUACAGGAAGCACAUUGAGAAAGACCCUGCGCUGGAGAGGCGCUUCCAACCAGUGAAAGUUCCGGAGCCCACAGUUGAUGAGACCAUAGGAAUCCUCAAGGGGCUCCGGGAGCGAUACGAGAUCCACCACAAACUCCGAUAUAGCGACGAAGCGCUGAUCGCCGCUGCCCAGCUCUCAUACCAAUACAUCAGUGAUCGUUUCCUCCCAGACAAAGCAAUCGACCUGGUUGAUGAGGCAGGAUCUCUUGUCAGGCUACGCCAUGCCAAGCUACCUGACGAAGCUAAAGAUCUCGACAAGAAGCUCAAGGAAAUCACCAGACAGAAGAACGACGCCAUCCGCUCCCAGGAAUUCGAGAUGGCCGGAGAGCUUCGCAGGGAAGAGCUUGAGCUCAAGACCCAGAUCAUGUCGCUGGUGGACAAGAGCAAGGAGGUGAGCAAGGCGGAGAUGGAGUCGGGAGCAUCGGCUGGCCCGAUGGUGACGGAGGCGGACAUCCAGCGCAUCGUCGCGUCGUGGACCAGCGUCCCCGUGGAGAAGGUCUCCGUGGACGAGUCCAGCCGGCUCCUCAAGAUGGAGGAGACCCUGCACGGGCGCGUCAUCGGCCAGGACGAGGCCGUCAGGGCCAUAGGCCGCGCCAUCCGCCGCGCGCGCGUCGGGCUCAGGAACCCCAACCGGCCCGUGGCCAGCUUCAUAUUCGCCGGCCCGACGGGCGUGGGCAAGUCGGAGCUGGCCAAGGCGCUGGCAACCAGCUAUUACGGCUCGGAGGAGGCCAUGGUCCGGCUGGACAUGAGCGAGUUCAUGGAGCGGCACACGGUGGCCAAGCUCAUUGGCUCCCCUCCCGGCUACGUUGGGUAUACGGAGGGCGGGCAGCUGACGGAGGCUGUCCGGCGGCGGCCCUACACCGUGGUCCUCCUAGACGAGAUCGAGAAGGCGCACCCGGACGUGUUCAACCUGAUGCUGCAGAUCAUGGAGGACGGCCGGCUCACAGACAGCAGGGGGCGGACGGUGGACUUCAAGAACACGCUCAUCAUCAUGACCUCCAACGUCGGCAGCAGCGUGAUCGAGAAGGGCGGGAAGCAGCUGGGCUUCGACCACAACGACGGUGAGGCCCGCAGCAGCUACGGCAGGAUCAAGAGCCUGGUGGACGAGGAGAUGAAGCAGUACUUCCGGCCAGAGUUCCUGAACCGGCUCGACGAGAUGAUCGUGUUCCGGCAGCUCACCAAGAUGGAGGUCAAGGAGAUCGCCGUCAUCAUGCUUGCGGAGGUGACCGGCCGGAUGAAGGCCAAGGGGAUCGAGCUGAUGGUGACAGAGAACUUCAAGGAUCUGGUCGUGGAGGAAGGCUACGACCCCAGCUACGGCGCCCGACCGCUGAGAAGGGCCAUCAUGAGGCUGCUCGAGGACAAGCUCGCGGACAAGAUGCUCGCCGAGGAUGUCAAGGAGGGAGACUAUGUGAUCAUCGAUGCCGACCCGAUGGGUAACAUCGCCGUCCUUAGCAGGCACAGCGACUCGCCGGAGGACCAGCCGCUGGCGUUUCCUGCCUAGCUAGUACAGUUUAAUCAAGCAGUUCAUUUUUUGUUUUUAUAUAUUUUGUACUAUAGGGGAUAAAGCAGAUGCAUAGUUAAGUUUCA